UUCCCCGCGGCGUGCAUGGAAGCGUCCGGAGAAGCCGGAAGCGGCGGCGGGGCCAGGGAGGCGCACGUGGGCAGCAGGGCAUGGAGGCGCCGCAGGGCCUUCCGCGCUUCAAGUGCCCCCCAGAUUUCACAGACGCUCCGUUCUGCCCUUGGCCCUUCUCCCAAGAGACGCUGCAGGACUCUUCCAAAGAGCUGUGGUUGAUCCGAACCCCCUCCGCCUUCAGCCCAGAGAGCUUUGAUGGCCUCUCCGUAUCCUUAUUGGGCUCCCAGACUCUGAAGGCGUCGCAGCCGGGCGGCACAGAGAAGACCUUCCACGUUCGGGCGGCUCUGGAGCAUCUGGCCGGGGCUCACCUGCUGCUCCCUUCUGGCCACGGGGACCGCCUCGCCUGCUCCUCACCCUUCAGCGGCUCCCUGAGUAUCUGCGAGACAAAUGGGGGCUCCAGCGGCAACCAGCCCCUUUUCCCGGUGGCGGCCAGGCCAGCCCCCCAGAUCCCAGCAGGCCUCAAGCAACGCUUCCUGCCCUUCGGGAACAGCUCAGAGAGCGCUCCCCUGCCUGGAGCAACAGAGGAGCCUCCCAGGAAGAGAAAGAAGAAGAAAAAGAAGCAUCAGGGAGAGGAGAACCAGCCGCCUCUCUUUGCGAUGCCUUUGGGGGAAGCCACAGAGCCUGGGGAAGCUGGGGCUGGAGGCCAGCAUGAAGCGGACGGGGAAGUCCUGUUGGCAGCUGAUUCCCAGCCAAGCUCUGUGGCCGAUGCCCAAAAUGAUCUCCUCUCUGGCGACCCAGAGGAUGCAGCUUCCGGAAGCAAGAAGAAAAAGAAAACGAAGAAGGACCGGAAACUGAAGGAGAUGGUGGGGGAGGCAGAGGACGGGGCAGUCCCAUUGGCAGCUGAUUCCCAGCCAAGCUCUGCCGCUGAAGCUCAAAACAAUCUCCUCUCUGGCGACCCAGAGGAUGUGGCUCCUGCAAGCAAAAAGAAGAAGAAAAGGAAGGAUGACAGACAAGCGAAGGAGGAGCUGGGAGAAGAGGCAGCGGCCCCGCUGCAGAGGGAGGAGGAAGACGGCACAGCUGGGUCGGCAGUCAGCUCCUUGCCAGAGGCGCAGCCAAACUCUGCAGCCUUUGCCCACGGCGGGCUUCUCUCUGGCGAGGCAGAGGCUGCAGGUCCCAGGAGGAAGAAGAAGAAGAUGAAGAAAAGCAAGGAGGAUGGAGACCUGAAGGAGGAGGCGAGAGGAGAGGCGGAGGCCGCAAGCCUGCACCAGGCAGAUGGGACAAACCCAAUCAGCUUCCAGCCAGACCCUGCAGCGGUUGCCCAGAACAGCCUCCUGCCUGGUGAGAUGGAGGAUCUGGCUUCUUUAAGCAAGAGGAAGAAAAGGAAGAAAGAAAGAGACGUGAAGGAGGAGACGAGGGGAGAGGCAGAGGCCACAAGCCUGCACCAGGAGGAUGGGACAAGGCCGGUCGACUUCCAGCCAGACCCUGCGGCCGUUGCCCAAUAUGGUCCUCUGCCUGCUGAGAUGGAGGAUCUGGCUUCCUUAAGCAAGAGGAAGAAAAGGAAGAAAGAAAGAGACCUGAAGGAGGAGAUGGGGGGAGAGGCAGAGGCCACGCUGUCGGGAAUCUGCUCCCAGCCAAACUCUGAACUUCUUGCCCAGGAUGGCCUCGUGUCUGGUGGGGCGCUGGAUCUUGGUCCCAGAAGCAAGAAGAAGAAGAAAAGGAAGGGGGACCAGGAGGUGAAGGAGGAGCUGGUGGGAGAGGCAGAGGGGCUGUUGGGAGGGCACUCUGAGACCCAGGCAGGAGAGGACAGUCUCCCAGGGACAGAGGAGGUGACCCAGGGAACACAGAAGGGAAGAAGCCAAGAGCAGGCAGCGUCGCCCGAGCUCUUCAGCAGCCAGGAAGGUGCUGCUGAGGUGUUGCAGGACUCCAGUGGCCCGGGACCUGCCCUAGAGGGUGGGCUGGUCUUGGCCGGGGAGGAGCCCUGGGCGGGCAGCUCAAGUCACAAAGCCAAGAAGAAGAGGAAGAAGGAGAAGCUGGAGGAGGCAGCCCAGCCUGUCCCGCAGGAAGCGGAGAGCUGGGCUGGGCUGGACACACCCUUGGGGGGAGGGGGAGGGCAGGAGGUGGAGCCCGGCAGGGAGGAGCUGAGCCAGAAGCGCAAGAAGAAGGAGCAUCGCAGGCGGCAGGCUGCCCAGGAGGGGCUGGAGAAGGAAGGGGGGGACUCCUAGGGGCAGGAGCAUUGGGGCCCAGGCCUCAGUGGGCUUGGAUCCCAUGCAUCUGUCCUGCAAAGCCCGCUUCUGGUGCACGGAGGCUUCUGCUAACAUCAGGCUCUUUCUCGCCUUGCCCUGCGGUUUUAAAAGAGGGGGAAACCCACCCUGGGAGAACGGUCUGGCCAGCUUGCCUGUUGGGUUUGAGGGAGGAGUGUUUUAAGCUGUGAUGCUUUCACCUGACAUGUCGAGGGGCUGGAUCCUACUAGUCCCCGUGCGCCUUCAGGCAUGUUGGCUAGAUCUUGGGCACAGCUGGCCCAGGCUGUAUCUCCUGGCUCUGCGCCACUGCUGCUAUCUGAAGUCCUUGCCCAUAAAGGAAGAAAAAGAGAAAGCU